AUGACGUAUCGCGUGCGGUUUGAACCAGUGAUUAGCUUCGCCGGCGCAUCCGUGCCCACGCCGGCCAGUGCCGCUCUGACGAGAUCCACGAGAUCCAAGAGUAAGCUCGGUUGUCGGCAAUGUAAAACGAAGCGAGUGAAGUGCGACGAGACUUACCCGGUGUGCCAGCGUUGCAUGCGGCAAGGGUUAAUCUGCACCGCUCCCUUGCGCCUGACACAAUGGCAGCAGGAGAUCCCCCGGUCCUUGUCGGCUGUAGACUUGGUCGUUCAUCGACGGUUGCUGCAAUACUGGCUGGAAAGAGUCAGUCAAACCCUAGUCAUUGACCCGGAAAACAAUCCGUACUCGUUCCCAAUCUUAGAAUACAUCGCCAAAUCGCCUGCCCUCGUACACAUCAUCCAGUCCGUGAGCGCGCGUCACGAAGUAUACUACUCGCCUAAGGCGACGGUGACGGCCCUAGAAGAGAGAGGGAAGGCACUGGUGUCGUUCCAGGCAGAACUGGAACGACCACAGGCGGAACCGCGAGCUUCCCUGUUGACAGCGAUGUUGUUGGCCUUAUCGCAUGGCGCUGAUCACGACGACAUGGCGGACUAUGGGAAUGAGCACAUCUUUGCGGCUGGCAUACUAGCCAGACGACUUGUCCGAGAAAUCUCCCAGGACGCUGAGAAUGACUAUCUGGCCCGGUUGUGUUUUGGCAUGUAUCUCUACAUGGACAUGUGCACCGCCUUUUUGAUAGAUCCCUCUCAACAACCGCAACUUCCGAAUUCGUUAGAUAUUCCUAUCGCAGUGCACAAGAUGGGACGCUGGCACCACCCCAUGUACGGCUCUUGCACCGAGCUUCUCUACAUCCUCGCGAAUGUGGGCCGGUAUUGUCGACGAGCUCUCGACUCGGAAACACACGACCGCCAGCAGGAGGGUAUUCUGGAACAUCAACUCCAGGGAUGGGCCUUGUCGGCCAUAAAUCGCCCAUUGGGACUUUUGUAUGAGUCACUUCGAAGCCACGGCCUCAUUUUGCUUUAUCGAAUCAGCGGAGAUCAUGGCCAGUUCAGAAAUCCGGCACUAGCGGACCUCGCCAUGGAGGAUUUGAUUCACCGAGACGCUAUCAGAGCAACUAAUCAGCUCUUGGAAAUUCCCGAAUCGUCGAAUUACUUAAAUUUUCAGACGCUUCCGAUGGUCACGGCGGCAUCAGAACUCAGAAUAAACGAUGGCCGGCUGCGGGAUAAAGUGCGGCAAAGACUCAAAGCAAUUUAUUCCCUGAAUCGCUUGCCGGCUGUCCUUCGAGCCAUCGACCUACUAGUAGAGGUAUGGAUCGCUCGCAGUUAUGGACACAGUCCUUCGUGGCUACGCUCGAUGCUGGAAAAGGGAUGGAGAUUGCAACUGGGCUGA